AUCGAAAGUGCAAUAACGCUGUUUUUUGUAGUAAUACUCUCGGCUAUAUGCAAUAAAUAUCUAUCUGUUGUAAAUUGAUAAAAAUAAUACAUAUUUGUUCAAAUUAUUAUGACAUAAUAUAAAUUUGUUUCGUUAGUUUACCUAAUCGUUUUGAAGUUAAGUUUUAAUUUCUAUUUCAAACAAUAAAAAUCAUUUUUGAAUUCUCGUGAUUGGAUCCAUUUUAGGAUUUGUAGGAAGAUAUAGUGUGUAGUUUAUCAGUGUUGCUUAAAAAGGAAAAAUGCACGGCGCCAAACGUGUAUUAUUUUUUUGUGUAAUGACUGCGAUUCUCCCAACAAUACUUAUAAUUAUUCCUUUAUACCUCAGACAUCAAGUUUUCGCUGAUGUUAUUUACCCUGUAGCAGAAUCUGACGUUUUAGUAAUUACCGAAGGAGUUUCUUCUAUAUUUUGCGAAUCAUUAGGAUUAAAAAUGAAUUCGACUUUUAAUGCGUUUCAGUUACCGAACAAACCAAAUAAAAGUGAGAAGGUCAAACAUAUUAGACUAAAAAAAUCGAUGUCAUUACCUGAUGAUACAUUGGAAUAUUGGGGAUUUUACCUAUUGAAAGGAUCUAAAGUCAAAUUAAAGAUAUGUUCUCGGUAUGUCGGCGCUCGAAUUUUAGUUGUAAGAGGAGACAAAAAUUUGAACACGUGCAAUAUUAUGAAGCAAAACGGAAAAUACGGUGCCAAAAUGGAUGCAGAUUCCAAUAAAGUGAUAGUAUCUUAUCAAAACGAAAAACCAGCAGAUUUUGUAGGUAUUAUACCAAACAACGAUUUAGAAGAAGAAUAUAAUAAAGCGGAAGAAGAUAUGUCUGAUGAUAAUAACGGAUACGGGGAUCUGUCGUUAACGAGAGUGAGAAGAAAGAAAAGCAGUCACGUGAAUCAAUAUUAUGAGGCUCAAGAAAACGACACUUAUCAACAAAUCGGACGUGUACCUAAAUUAAGACAUUCCAGAAAGCAUUUGAAGGAAUGGCAAAAGAAAAUUGACAAACUCAGAAGGAAUCUAGAAGAAAAUUCAAUCGAUCGACAAAAGAGGGAUAUAUCGGCUUUGGACGCUCACAUAAAACACGGAGGUAACGCAAGGAACGCGUCCGGUUUGGACGUGGAAGAAAGCGAAAUGAGCGUAUCGAGUUUCGAAACUGAACUUCUAACUUGUUACGAUGGUAAAAUUUUAUUGUCGCGCAGUUUUCAACCGAGCCGAAAUUGUAAAAACAUCGAAUAUUUGGACGAAAGCAAUCGGAUGAUAACCGAACACACGAUCGCCUCGGACGGAUAUUAUUAUUACAUAUUUUAUUCUGAUAACGAUAUAACUAUAAAUAUGAUGCACGCCGUUUUCGAUAUAUACAAAACCACUUACGGUUUCAAAAACGCCACCAGCAGUAAAGAAUGCGUGAAUAAAACCGUGUGCGAAUUUCCAAUACAUCUGCUUUCCACGGAAAUAUUCGUAGUGGAAGUGCCCACUAGAGACGGGAUCGAACACGAAGAAGACGACAUCACCUUAUUAACCAGUACCUGUAAACCUAGGAUGCAGGUUUACGUUAUUUUUCCUAUUCUAGUAUUGAUUUUAAUCGUGGUAUGCGCGUUUUUGUGAAAUUCCAUUUCGUAAUUCGGAAUCGGAAUGUUUCCAAUUAAUGAGAAAUUAUUGGAUUACCCCGUAUAUAUAAUUUUUACCGGAAGACAUCGCAUCGCAUCAUCACCUAACCACCCUCCUCGUUUCAUAGGGACAAGAAGAAUAGAAAUUUGUAUAUAUACGUCGACUCCUCCCUUAUGGUGGUUUUCACUCUUCUCGGAUUUAUCUGGUACCAACUUAUAGCUGAGAGGCUUUUCCCCGUCCACCAUCGUGGCAGGUAUCCCCAUUCGAGAUCCUUCGACCCCUAAUUUUUUUUUAAUCACAAAAAUUGUUGGUAAAAUAUCCAAAAAAGUGUUUUUUUGUUUAAAAAAGUGGAAUCUGAUAUUGGAUUCGAAUUUAGAGGAUCAAAAUAUAUUUUGAAUCUAUAAGUUGCUGGUAAAAACCUGGUAAGAACUGUAAAAAUCAAUUUUGUGCAUUUUCCCAACAAUUUUUCUGAUUGAAAAAAAUGAAAAUUGAUGGAGUGACUUAAGAAUUAUAUUCACUAGGUUAUUUGAAAUUCCUGAAGGGUAAAUUUGAGAUAAUUUUCAAAUACAUUGCUGUCAGAAAAUUAGUAGGAAUGUGUUAAAAUGUAUCUAAUUUAUUUUGUUUUAUUAUGAAAAUAUUGGAUAUUUUUGAACAACUGUUAAAAUAAUUCAGUUGAAUUCAUUAAUGAAAGUUAAGUGAUAAAAAUAUGAGUCUGUGGAGGCUCUUUGCAUAAAAAAUCAUUUUCAUUUGAAUUUUAAGUAUUAAUACCAAAUAUGUGAUAUUAAAUAAUUAAAUAAAAUUGUUAAUAAUUAUUUUUGAAAGAAAAAUUUGGCAGAAAUCAUAGAUUUUAAACGGAAUCAUACUUUUUUAUAUACUUAUUUUAUUAAAAUAAUUAAAUAUAUUUUUAUAGUUUCUGUGUUUAUCUGUGAUUUUAACUGUUGUAUAUAUAUUUGUUUAGAAAUAAAAUCGUAUUCAAAUGAAAA